AUGGGGCAGUCUCUUUCAGCGCCACAACAGCAGUUUGUUGUUGAACGUCAAUUUCUUCUGGCCAGUAACAACCUUGCUGUUUCGGAUGCCGAUCUUAAGGCACUUCUUCUAGCUUUGGACACUCAUUGCCCCUGGUUUCCUCAGGAUGGCACUUUGGAUUUAAAAGACUGGGAGAAAAUAGGACAUUUUUUCCAUAACCAUCCUCAAAUUAAUGUCAAGGUUCUGCUUGCAUGGUUUAAAGUUUAUAAAGCGAUGUCCUGCCUGACACCAGCUAAUAUCCUUUUGGCUUCUUCGCCUGCUGCUUUGCCUCUUCCCUCUCCAAUUUUAUGCCAACCGUUGCCUUCUUCGAAACCACCAGUUUAUGUACCUCCUAAACCACCGGAUCUCUCUCCUUCGGUUCCUACUGUCCUGCCACCGCCUCCCUCUGCCCCUCCUCCAGCUUUUUCACCAGGGGUGCCCAACGUUGCUACCACUCCUCUUCAAGAGUCUCUCCGUGCCGCUGCUCCAUUGCUGGCUUUUGAUUCUGCCACACCAAAUCUUUUUCCUGUAAUUGUUCCUGCCGCCGUGGGGGGAGGCCCAGCCCGCCACGAACAGUUUGAUUUAAGAUUCAUAAAGGAACUGUAUUCCUCUGUCAGGGACAAUGGCUUACAUUCUCCUUAUACCCUGGGACUUUUUGGCACUAUUUUUCAGCAAAAUCUAAUACCAGAGGAUGUAAAAUUAUUAGCCCGCACUGUUAUGCAGCCUCAUCAAAUGAUUUUGUUUAUACAAGCUUGGCAUUGGGCUUGCCAACGUCGCGUUGAUGGCAUUCGCAACAAUCUCAACAAUGCUGCGCAGGCAGCUCACCAAGCCGCGAUUGCCGCCGCUGGCGCUCCACCUCCAGCCCCUGUUAUGUUGACCCAUACUGAUGUUUUUGACGGCCUGACAGGUGGGGGCAAUUUUCUUACCAUCGCCCAGCAGCUAGCCCUUGAUCCCAUGUAUUGGGAAGCCACUACCGCUGCCGCUCAGGAGGCCCUGUCCGCUGUGCCUGAUGAAAAGACUGAGCGUGAUGGACGUUGGGGCAGCGUCCGGCAAGGCCCUGCAGAGCCUUAUGGACAAUUUGUCGAUCGCUUGUAUAACACCCUCAAGCGGCAAGUUCAGGACGUCGCAGCCCAAGAAGUGAUUGUCCGCCAGCUUGCGUUUGAUAAUGCAAAUGAGGACUGUAAGCAAGCACUGCGCCCUUUGAUGACAACGCCAAAUAUUGCCAUUGCAGAUAUGCUUAAGGCCUGCCAGUCAGUGGGCACUGAGACGCACAAAGCCCGUCUGUUAGCCGCAGCUCUAUCCUCUACAGUAUCCCAGAAUCCUGCCAAGGACAAAACUUGUUUUGGUUGCGGAAAAAUGGGACAUUUUCGUGCGCAGUGCAGAUCCAUCACGCAGCAAUGCCGCCCUAGCACAAAGUGCCCUAUUUGUAAGAAAGGCUUUCACUGGGCUAACCAGUGCCGUUUUGCCGUGCCUCGACAAAGUCAACAACAACAACAAAAACAGCAACAUCAACAAAACCAACUGACGGGAAACCGGCAGUCGGGCCCACCCCGGGCCCAGGCACAACAAUAG